UGGAGGCCGGUUUCCGUUUUGGGGACCGCCACAUCUCCCAUUGUUGCUCGGAAGAGUUGUUGGGGGCCAUGGCGGAAGCAAUCAAUAUUCCGUUCCAUCCACUCAUCCAGCGCGUUUGCCAGAAGUAAUCAGGUCAUGCCCAGCCACUCAUAAUGUAUCUUGAAUCCACGACAACCACAGCAACAAGGAUUCCGAACUCCCAAUCUCCUGGGUCCUGCUCCCCAACUCCUCCAUCGCCGGGCUUUCAUCAUGCCCGCGUUCCUGCACCUCCCAGAUGAAAUCCUGCUUCUCAUCGUCCGCGCGGUCGACCCUGAAGACUUGCGCGCCCUGCGACUGGUAUCUCGACGCCUGGGCGGCGUCGCACAGAUCCCCCUCGCCAAGACAUGCUUCGAGAGGCGCCGUGUCCUGCUGCAGCAGGACAGCCUGGAAACCCUCGUCGAGAUCUCCCGCCAUCCCGUGUUCGGUCCCGCAGUGAGGAUUCUGGUCGUCCUCAUGGACCACUUGCGGCCGGAUCUUGGUCCUGACGCCAGCAGAAGCCGGUUGUCCGGCGACGCGGCGCACGAAUCAAAGUCUGUCGAGGAGGAAGCGCGGCAGUACAGCCUCCUGCUCAUAGACCAGGAAGCCCUGAUGGAAACGGGACUCGGCACCACGUAUCUGGCGCAAGCGAUGGCAGGCCUCCCGAACUUGGAGUCGGUCGUGAUUGACGCGACCGAGUGGCCGAGGUGGGGGCCGAUCGUGGAACCCCGGGCGGGUCCGCAGUAUCUGCGUCUGUUCAUGUCCCCCUACACUAUCGAGUUCGUGCAAAAGGCGCUCUGCGCUGUUGUGCUGGCCGUCGCCACCGGCAAACCUUCCCUCGCCGAGUUAGAUAUAGCUAUUGGAAGCGAACACGGGGGCGGCAUCAGCCCUGGCAUGCUGCCCAGCUCCACCAGGCCGGCCCUGCAAUACGUCCGAAAGCGUCCCAUCAGCCUUUCCAGUUUGUGGUUAAGAUUUGCGGCCGAAAACUGGACGUUCGACCCCGUCAACGAUGAGCUGGAGAUGGUCUUAGAUUUCAUCAUGCUUUUCCCGAAACUGCAGAGCCUGUACAUCCGAUUCGAAGGGGAGAUCGACCGGCCAGAAUUGAUGAACGGCCUCUCACAGAGAUUGCGGCUGCCAAACCUGCGAUUUCUGGGCCUCGGGGAACUCCAAUGUACCGAGCGUGAACUCAUAUCGCUGUUGCGCGGCCAUAAAGACACGCUCGAGGAGGUGCGCCUCCAGGGCAUCUGUUUUGGCGGAGAUCAAGGCGGAAGCUGGCGGUCGCUGCUCAGGACCGUGCGCGACGAGCAACUGGUGCCGGCUCUCACGAUCGAGGAAUGUUCCACCGUCGGCGGGUGGGUGCUGUACGGCUUUGACAAAGCGAGCGACGAUGGCACCCCCACGACCACGACCUGGUAUGCGGAACGGUUCCGCAUCGGGGGCACCGGGUUUGCCUGGGCAGACGUCCUCGAUCACGUCACGGAAGACAACAAACAUUAUCCCAAGUUGGACUUGGGCCAAGUGUACCCCAUAUGAUUUGAGUAAUUUAAGUCGAGAGCUGCAAGGGGCUGACUUGAUCUCCGACGCCAUCUGCUUGCCUGUGCUCGCCGGGCGCUAAGUCUCAUGGUAACUUCUG